AUGAAGUUAAAAAACAGGAUGGGGGAAGAUGAGUGUUCUGAGUGGAAAUCGAAAUCAGAGAAUUGUGAAAAGGAAAUCCGGGAAUCUGAGAAGAAGAUUUCUGCAGCCAAAACAAACAUAUCCAAACUGAAUCAUCUGAUAAACUCAAAGGAAACACAGAUUGAGCAGAUAUUGGGGCAAAAGAAGGAGAUAUCAGAGAAGUGUGAACUAGAGCAGAUUAGCCUUCCAACCAUAUCAGAUCCUAUGGAUACUGAUAUCUCAACUCCGGCUCCAGUUUAUGACUUUGAUAAACUCAGUAGGACACUAAAAGAUAGGAAACACUCUGGCAGGGAUAAAAUAGAGUACACUGCUAUGCCACCAACAAAGCGGUUACCCUACAUGGAACAACUGUCUGGUGGUGAAAAGACUGUUGCUGCGCUUGCAUUGCUAUUCUCCAUCCAUAGUUAUAGGCCUUCACCAUUUUUCAUACUGGAUAAAGUUGGUGCUUCAUUGGACAACUUGAAUGUUGCGAAGGUUCAGCUAGUUGGGGUUUACAGAGACUCUGGAACAAGUUGUUCAAGUACUCACACAUUGGAUCUGAGCAAGUAUCAGGAGUCUUAA